AUGAUAAAACUUUGGUGGUCGGAUUUUUUUGGAACAUACUGUACGAUAAUUGGUGCUUUUUUGUUAAAUUUAAUCAUAGAGGUUGGAGAUUCUUGGCUGGUGCGUAUUCAGGACGCAAUCCUGGAAAAAGCAGAUAAGGGCAAAAUUAUGCAUAUGGCCGUCGAUCGUGGUUCGCGGGAAGGCUGCGUCUAUAUCAAGUGUGAAGAUGCCGGGAAAGUAUAUCACUCGCUUCAUGGGUGGUGGUUUGACGGCAAUUUGGUGACUGUUAAGUACCUAAGACCCGAACGGUACCAGUAUCGCUUCCCGGAUUCUGCCAAAGCUACGUUCCCGCUGCAGCCAUCGAAUGACAAGCGAUUAUCUCUGCAGACCAAGUUCUGGAAAUCUCCCCUCGAGCAUUUUUAAAUUAAUGAAACAAAAUCCCCAAAGCUUAAUACUGUAUACCCUAAAUAAAUUAACACGACACGCUGAUACAAUGUGGAGGUUUCUUCGGACGGAAGAGGGAAUGAAGUGUCAUGCAUCGUAGUGAUUUGCAAAUUGUUUCCUUAAAAAUUCACUGUUUCAAUAAGAAGCUGAAAUCGCUAUUCGUGGGUUUUACAUUUUUUUGCUUGUUUAAUUUGAAUGGCACAAUACAAAAUACACUACUCAGCUCUUAUAAA